GUUUACUUCCGGCGAACACAUGACUCGGUGACUCCUCAGCCAUCAAUUGGUAGAUUGCAGGCACCUGCCAAAAUGAAGAUUUACCAGCAUAUAUGACGUGAUAGCUUCUAGUAUGUCAGCAAGAGGAUUGGUCUUUUCAUCAUCAAAUAUAUAUAUAUAUACCCUAACUUUUAAAAAUGGGAAAUUUCACCAAGUUUCUUCUUUUACUAUGGAAAAACUAUGUCUUACAAAAGCGGAAGAAGAUAGUGACAAUUCUGGAAAUAGGGAUUCCUACUGUCUUCUCCUUGAUCCUGAUAUUUGUUCGACUCAGAGUUGAUGGUCAGCCAGUCCCAGAUGCAGUUACUUGGACAGAAUGUACAGCAUUUAAUAAUUUAGACUUCAGGAAAUUACCAACUAAGGUAGCCUAUUCCCCAAACAACAGUAUGACCCAUGCAAUCAUCCAGAGAGCCAAGAAAUAUCUCCCUUAUAUAGACUGGGAUCAUGGUUUCCAGACAGAAGCAGAGAUGGUGGACUUUGUACAGUUUGUCAACAGAACUGGAAAUAUCACUUACGUUAACAACACUCGGGACUACCUGGGAGGAAUUGCCUUCACUAACACAUUCCCUACAGGAGCUAUGCCACAGGACAUACAGUAUAAGAUACGUCUGGACUCAGUACCAAGACUGGCACACUCACGCUUCCGUCUCAACCCAUUUAAGAUGGACACCAGUUGGUACACACAAUUCAUGUUUCCUGUUUAUCAACGAGUUGGACCUCGAGAGAUCGGUGAGAAAUGUGGAGGGUCGCCAGGUUAUGUUAGAGAAGGGUUUACAGCACUCCAGAAUGCCAUUAACAAUGCAGUGAUAGAGUUGCAAGGCGCCUUGAAUAAUGGUACUGAUUCCAACAAGCAUGUAGAGUUGGGCCUCCGACGACACCCUUACCCUCCCUACAAUGACGACAACUUCGUCCUCGUUAUACAGCAGCAAUUUCCACUUGUCAUCAUGCUCAGCUUUGUGCUUGUCGCUCUCAAUAUUGUCAAGGACAUAGUUCAUGAAAAGGAAAAGAAACUCAAGGAGUCGAUGAAGAUGAUGGGUGUGAGUAACUGGCUGCACUGGUCUGCCUGGUUCACCAAGUACUUCCUGUUCUUGUUGGUCACUGUGUCCAUCAUGACAGUAUUCUUCUGUGUGAAAACAGACAAAGGACGAGUCAUUGGUCUUACCGACCCCUCACUGCUCUUUGUCUUUCUUCUGCUGUAUGCCAUUGCAACAAUUUCCUUCUGCUUUGCCAUAAGUGUCUUCUUCAAGAAAGCUAAUUCUGGAGCUGCAGCGGGUGGCAUCCUCUUCUUCAUCUCCUACGUACCAUACUUUUUUCUGGAGCCUCGCUACAACACAUUUACCUGGGGACAGAAGAUAGCUGCAUGUGCUGUAUCUAACAUAGCGAUGGCAUACGGGGGAGCAGUCAUUGGCAUGUUUGAAGGCACAGGCACUGGAGUGCAGUGGGACAACUUCACUAAGGGUGCAUCUGUAGACGACACCUUUGCAAUGUCUCACAUAAUGAUCAUGCUGGUGGUCGACUCAGUGGUAUACAGCCUCAUUACAUUGUAUUUGGAGGCUGUGUUUCCUGGCGAGUAUGGUGUCCCUCAACCCUGGUACUUCUUUAUUACUAGGAACUACUGGUGCGGUACCUCGGCUGUUGAGGACAUUCCUGAUGACAAGAGAAUCUGUAUUGGCCAGGACCCUGAUUACUUUGAGUCUGACCCUCAUGGCAUACCAGCAGGGAUACAGAUACGCAACCUCAGAAAGGAGUUUGGUAAAGAUGAGAAGCGGAAUAUUGCUGUUGCUGGGAUGUCCCUGGACAUGUAUGAUGGUCAGAUAACUGUACUGUUGGGACACAAUGGAGCGGGCAAAACCACUACCAUGUCUAUGUUAACAGGGUUCAUCCCCCCGACUGGUGGCACGGCUAACGUGAAUGGCUAUGACAUUCGAGAGGACAUAGCCAGUGUUAGGAAUAGUCUUGGACUUUGUCCUCAACAUGACAUUCUGUUUGACACUAUGACAGUCCAGGAACAUCUCUGGUUCUUUGCUAAGCUGAAGGGCUGUCCAUCUAGUGAGGUGACCAGUGCUGUGGAUGAGAUGAUUGAAAGCAUCAAACUUGAAAACAAGAGACAUGUGAGGAGCACCAAGCUCUCCGGUGGCAUGAAACGCAAACUCUCUGUCGGCAUUGCUCUCAUAGCAGGAUCAAAGAUUGUCAUUCUUGAUGAACCAUCGUCAGGGUUGGACCCAGAUGCCCGGCGACAGAUUUGGACAGUUCUUCAAAAACACAGAGCAGGUAGGACAAUACUCCUGACCACCCAUUUCAUGGAUGAAGCUGAUGUCCUGGGCGACAGGAUCGCCAUCAUGGCUGAUGGAGUCGUCAAGUGCUGUGGAAGCUCACUGUUUCUCAAAAACAAAUAUGGGGCUGGGUACCACAUGGUCAUAGUGAAGAAGCCAAACUGUGAUGUGGACACUAUCACAAAGUUAAUUAGGACAUAUGUACCAGUGGCUGAGAUAGAGAGUAAUAUUGCAGCCGAACUUUCCUACAUACUUCAGCAGGAGAGUUCCUACAGGUUCUCUGACAUGUUCAGAGAAAUGGAAACUAACAAGGAUGAUCUUGGUAUUGCAAGCUACGGAGCAUCCGUCACUACCAUGGAGGAAGUGUUUCUAAGGGUAGGACAGAACAACAGCAGCUCUGUAACAGACAGGCUGAGGGGAAAGCCGAAGAUGAUACACCCACAGAAUGGGUUCAGUUUGGAUACCUCUUCAUCCUUCAGGCGGGACAGUCUCGCUCUGGAUUUUAACAUAAAAUACAAUGUACAUGGUAUGCUGACAUUACAGCAGUUUUGGGCCAUGUUUGUGAAGCGAGCUCUCCACACAGUCCGUAACAAACUGGUAACAGUCAGUCAGCUGGUUGUACCACUAUUCUUCACCCUCAUGGCUCUGAUUGUUAUCAAGACAUUUCCUGGUCCCGAGGACCUCCCACCACUUACGCUCACCACAGACAGAUUUGGGGCCAACACCAUUGUGUACAGAAACAGUCCUGGUAACUUUAGUGAUAACAUCAGUCAAUUCUACAGCAAUCAGUUUGAUCAAAGUUCUACAGAAACUGUGACUCAUGUGAAUGCUCAGCCGGGAUAUAACGCUACAUCGGACAUUAUAGAAUUCCUGGUGGACACAGGAGAAAAAAGCAUUGGCCUGUACAAUCUCCACUAUAUGGUGGCGGCUGAUUUCCAACAGUUAUCUGGGUCAGAUAAGGUCAAGGCUACAGCUUAUUUCAAUGACCAAUCCUAUCAUUCCCCGGUGAUAUCAUUGGCGGCACUUAGCAACGCGAUGAUCCAGUAUGUCACAAAUAACUCAGAUUUCUCCAUCACCACGAUUAACCACCCGCUCCCUCGCACCACCGCAGAGAAGAUUAAACAGCAGAUAACUCAGGGUACCACUGGCUUCAUGGUUGCUUUCAAUGUUGUGUUUGGGAUGUCCUUCUUGGCCAGUAGUUUUGUUGUUUUCAUUAUCAAAGAGCGUGCCACCAAGUCCAAACAUAUACAGUUUGUCAGUGGUGUUGGCUCCCUUAACUUCUGGGCAUCAACUUUUUGCUGGGAUGUAAUCAACUACCUCAUGCCAAGCCUGUGCAUCCUAGUUACAUUCUGGGCAUUUGAUAUUGAAGCGUUCAUAUUGGAUGACCACAUAGCUCACAUUCUGCUGCUGUUCCUGCUGUAUGGCUGGGCCAUGUUGCCCUUCAUGUAUCUCUUAUCCUUCCUUUUCUCCCAGCCUGCUACAGGCUACGUCUGGCUUACUAUGUUCAACAUAAUUGCAGGUGUGGCGACACUAUUAGCAGUUGGUAUCCUGUCAAUCCCGGAGCUUAACCUGGAGGAUCUGUCCCAUGCUCUAGAGUGGGUGUUCCUGGUGCUGCUACCCAACUAUUGCCUGGCCCAGGGCCUGUCUGACUACUACGCUAAUCAUGAAUACCUCAACAUCUGUCCUAAUAUCACUGUCUUCUGUCCAAUCUUCCCUAACCCCUGUUGUGGAGCAACUACGGGGAGUUGUGGGCCGAGUGGAUGCAUCUACUACCAGAACGACUACCUGAGCUGGGACCAGGGCGGGAUAGGCCGUAUGUUGGUGUUCAUGUUCAUACAAGGUGUCAUAUAUUUCAACAUAAUCCUGCUUCUAGAAUCAGGGCUCUCCCUGCGCUUCCUCUACCUCCUCGGUCACCGUGACCAGCACACCAACAGGAGUGGAGCUGAAAGUGAGACUACCCCCCUCCUCAUACAACAAGCCACAGGACUCCACACACGGCUGUAUACAGACAACACACUGGUCCAUGAAGACACAGACGUGGCAGCUGAACGAGCCAGACUUGCUAAUACCAACACAGACCAACUAUGUUGGGAGAACUCUCUAGUUAUUAAAGAGCUUACCAAGUACUAUGGGACCAAGCUUGCUGUUGACCGUAUCAGUGUGGGGAUCCCUCAGGGCGAGUGCUUUGGACUUCUUGGUAUUAAUGGGGCAGGAAAAACCACCACCUUCAAAACAUUGACCGGGGAUGAGAUUAUGACUUCAGGGGAAGCCUACCUGCGAGGUUACGACAUCAAGAGUGACAUUACAAAGGUGAGGCAAAACCUUGGGUACUGUCCCCAGUAUGAUGCUCUGAUUGACCAAUUGACCGGAAAGGAGACGCUGUAUAUGUUCGCUCGCCUGAGAGGUGUACAGGAGUCCCUGAUUUCUGGAGUUGUCGACAGUCUCCUGGAUAUGCUCCUACUGAAAGCACAUGCUGAUAAGCUUGUUAAUGCAUACAGUGGGGGAAAUAAGAGGAAGCUGAGCACGGCCAUAGCUCUGGUGGGUAACCCACAAGUGAUAUUCCUUGAUGAGCCAACAACAGGGAUGGACCCUGUAGCAAGACGCUACCUGUGGGACACACUAUCAAGUGUGAGGGACUCCGGGAGGACACUAAUACUAACCUCACACAGUAUGGAGGAGUGUGAAGCCUUGUGUACCAGACUGGCCAUCAUGGUGAAUGGUCAGUUUAAGUGUCUGGGCAGUACCCAGCAUCUGAAACACAGAUUUGGUGAGGGAUACACUCUGCUGGCCAAGGUAGGAUACACACCGGAGGGAGAACUGGCACCAGUGCGCCCACUCAUGACCUACAUUGAAGAAAACUUCCCCGGUUAUGAACUCAAAGACAUUCAUCAGGGGUCACUACACUACCACAUCAACAACCGGGAACUAUCCUGGGCUGACAUCUUUGAGCUUAUGGAGGCAGCAAAGAAUCGCUUCAAUAUUGAGGACUAUUCGGUGAGUCAGACAACUUUGGAGCAGGUGUUCAUUAAUUUUGCAAGGUCACAGCUUCCUCCCCAGGAGAAACAGGAAGGUUUGUGUCAUAGGGCAUGUCUUUGCUGUCAUCUGUUGUGUUGUAACAAAGACUCGUGAUAAUAUCUGUAUAGUAGUAGAUAACACUGUUGAUUACAAAAUAAAUUUUGGUACUUUUUACCAGUUUAUAAGGUGAGGGCAUGGAUUUAAUAAAAUGACAACAAAAUAUAGCAGAUGCCAAUGGUUUGAAAGUCUAGAGGUCAAAUGAGAUUUUAUAACGAAAUUCAAAAUAUUUUAUUUUAUUUUAUACCAUUACUUAGUAGAAGGGUUACACUGUAUAGUAAUCACUUUUUCAGUUCAUCUGUCUGUCCAUAGAAAAGUUUGUGUAUAGAUAGCUCAUGAAUUCCUCAGCAGAUUUAGUUUAUAUUUACACUGUAGGACAUGUAUUGUAACAUAGAUUUAAUUUAUUAGAUUUGUAUGUCAUUGGUC